AUGCUCUGGACAGCCCCGCUACUCCUCGUCAUAUCGCUCUUUUUCGUCGGGGCCUCCACAUUCUUCAUCAGAUCUCAUAUUCCAAGCGACAAGUCCUGCAACCACACGGCCGGCCACGAGUGCUUUGCCCUAAUUUUCAGCCGGAUAUCAGCCAUUUGCACCUCGGAGCCGUUGCAGUUCAAGUGCAUCCAUUACAACUUCCUCGAUCAUUGCUUUAAUCAACGCGUUGGAUAUUGUACUACCAAUCAGAUCUCCACUUUUGCCCGCGUCGGUUUCAACGAGGCGCAAAGGAAAUGCAGUGAAUUUCAUCCGAAAACAUACCGAGAGGUAAUUCCCACGCGAGAUAUUUCGCGUCAGUUUGGGGACAGCAGACGCCGGGUCCCGGAUUCGCAAUUUAUCGCAACGCUCGGUUACUUACAAACCCAAUGUUCGGCAACACAGAAUACUAGUUGCGCUGCCGACCAGAUGGAGAACAUUUUUGAAAAUUGUGAGCAUGAAAUUCGUACGAAAACUGCCAGCGCGCCAAAGGACAAUGACUUUGAUUUACACAAAUUGUUUAGAAUCAAACUUGACACCUCCCGUCGGUUAUUAACAUUCCAAGAGACCGAGAAGAACUAUGAGUGCCUAAUGGUAAAAUGGGCGCUGAAUAAGAUUUAUGACAUACAUACGCAGCAUUGUUUUCAUACAAUAAUGACUCGCUGCUUAUGUGAGCGGGGUGAAUUUGAGAAGCAUUGUGGCGUGAAAUGUGCUGAUUUAGAGGUCCAUCCUUUAAAAAUCAGUGAAGAAGAAUGGGAAGAAUUGCGAUCUCGACUUCAUCAUGGCCGUGGUAUACACAAAACAAUCCCAAUUCUAUUGAUAUUGAUUUGCCUCUCAACAAUAUUCUUUCAAGCUUUCGGUGAACAUCAAUGG